AUGUCUCUCCGCCACAUCUUCCGUCCGGGGAUAUUUUCACCCCGGACAUUCACAUACAGAGCCGCCAGAACCUACGCCAGCCAAACGCCCGGCAACCCCGUCCUGGAAAUAUUCAACCGCAAGGUAAAACAUAUACAGAAGGACCGUGCGGCCCAGAAUGUCGAGGAGAGCCGGAAGACAGAUUACAUCAAAGAUGAAGUAGCCAUGCGGCUAUGCGAGCGGUUACUAGAUAUAAAACGAGACAUUCCAAAUGUGCUCGACCUCGGCGCAAACAGCUGUAAUAUCGCUCGCGCCUUAACGAUGCCCGACAUAGACCCCGUCAACCCAAACUCACCACCCCUCGCAACCCGCAUCUCGAACCUCACCUGUGUUGACACCUCGCAGGCCCUUCUCCACCGUGAUGCGGACGAGCCCUUCAACAAGGAAAUUUCCAUCAGGCGGGAGGUUAUCCCCGACCUUGAGAACCUUCCAUACGAGGAGAACACGUUCGACGCCGUCCUGUCUUCCCUCUCUAUUCACUGGAUCAAUGACCUGCCCUCGCUGCUAGCGCAAGUGAACUCUAUUCUUAAGCCGGAUUGUCCGUUCAUUGCGGCUAUGUUCGGCGGUGAUACAUUGUUCGAGCUCCGGACGUCCUUGCAGCUGGCGGAUAUGGAGCGACGGGGUGGUGUGAGUCCGCAUGUUUCGCCACUGGCGGAUGUGCGUGAUGUAGGUGGACUGUUGAAUAAGGCCGGAUUCAAGAUGCUCACGGUUGAUGUGGAAGAUAUCGUGGUGGAGUACCCGGAUACGUUUGCUCUCAUGCAGGACUUGCAGUCGAUGGGCGAGAACAAUGCUAUCUUGCACCGGGAGUUAGGGCCGAUGUCGCGUGAUGUGUUGCUCGCCAAUGAGGCGAUCUACCGGGAAUUGCACAAGGAAGAAGGGUCGAGGGGCAUUCCCGCGACGUUUAGAUUGAUUUACAUGAUUGGGUGGAAGGAAGGAGAGGGACAAGCUCAGCCUCUGGCUAGGGGUACUGGAGAGGUUAAUUUGAAGGAUCUUCUGGGCGGUGGUGAUUUCUCUAAUCAGCGAUGA